AGACAGCUCAUUCCCACGUUAGCUACAUGUAAUACUCCUUUCAUCUCUUCCUCUACCUCUAUCUAAACUGUCAUCUUGAGCAAAUAAGAAAACAUACAUUCUUGCUCGCGACCAUAUUUGGUUCUUGGAAUAACAGAAAAGAGAUAAACUUGUUCAAUUCUUACCAGAUUUUCACAAAGUUUCUGGGCCUGUAAUGGCUCUGAAUGUGUUGUACCCAGUUCAAAUCAAGUCCCUCUAUUUCCUGGAUUCCUCAAAAUCAAGUUCCAGCCUUAAUCUUCUCAAGCUCCAAGGUGAUCAAUUUUGUCUGAGGAGGAAGCAAAAUGGUGGUGCCGCAGUGAAGAGAGUCCGUUGUUCAGGGCAGUCGCCUCCUCCAGCUUGGCCUGGCCGGGCUGUGGCUGAGCCUAGUAGGAAAAGUCGGGAGGGCGCGAAGCCCAUAUCCAUUGUCGGAUCAACUGGCUCCAUUGGAACUCAGACAUUGGAAAUAGUUGCUGAAAAUCCCGACAAGUUUAAGGUUGUCGCACUUGCUGCUGGUUCGAACGUGACCCUUCUUGCUGAUCAGGUAAAGUUAUUUAAACCUCAACUAGUUGCUGUCCGAAACGAGUCCUUCCUGGACAAGCUCAAAGAGGCUCUGGCUGAUGUGGAAGACAAGCCCGAAAUUAUUCCAGGAGAGCAAGGAGUCAUCGAGGUUGCCCGCCAUCCAGAUGCCGUUACUGUAGUUACAGGAAUUGUUGGCUGUGCCGGUCUGAAGCCUACAGUGGCUGCCAUAGAAGCCGGAAAAGACAUUGCGUUGGCCAAUAAAGAGACACUAAUUGCCGGAGGUCCCUUUGUCCUCCCUCUUGCACACAAGCACAAAGUUAAGAUUCUUCCUGCAGAUUCUGAACAUUCUGCUAUAUUUCAGUGCAUACAAGGAUUGCCAGAAGGUGCUCUUGGGCGCAUCAUUUUGACUGCCUCAGGGGGUGCUUUCAGGGAUUGGCCUGUUGAUAAAUUAAAAGAAGUGAAAGUAGCGGAUGCUUUGAAGCACCCAAACUGGAAUAUGGGAAAAAAGAUUACGGUGGACUCAGCCACACUCUUCAACAAGGGGCUAGAAGUUAUUGAAGCACACUAUCUCUUUGGUGCUGACUACGAUGACAUUGAUAUCGUUAUUCAUCCCCAAUCUAUCAUACAUUCAAUGGUUGAGACACAGGACUCAUCCGUGUUGGCUCAACUGGGGUGGCCUGACAUGCGUUUGCCUAUUCUAUACACCUUGUCUUGGCCGGACAGGAUUUACUGCUCCCAGCUCACUUGGCCUCGUCUUGAUCUUUGCAAGCUUGGGUCUCUUACGUUCAAGAAUCCCGACCAUGUGAAGUAUCCGUCCAUAGAUCUGGCUUAUGCUGCCGGUCGAGCCGGAGGAACCAUGACGGGGGUUCUUAGUGCCGCAAACGAGAAAGCCGUGGAAAUGUUUAUCGACGAGAAAAUUAGUUACUUGGACAUAUUCAAAGUUGUGGAGCUAACAUGCGACAGGCAUCAGUCGGAAUCGUUGUCCUCGCCUUCGCUUGAGGAAAUUAUGCACUAUGACUUGUGGGCACGGGACUUUGCAGCCAGUUUGCUGCCGUCGGCUGGUUUGAGACAUGUUCUUGUAUGAGAUGGCUCAUGGGGCUGGUCUUAAGUUAGUGAGGAGAUUAGAGUAGAUGUUGUUUUAAGGUUGUCAAGAAAGUUGAAACAUGUUAGCAUUUGUAUAUGGUCCUAACUGUAUAGGUCACAUGAUCACAUUGAUUUCUGUACUGUUGCCUUAGUUAUUGCAAUAUAGGUCUAGGCUUUACAUUUAGGAAGGUAAAGGGGGAAAAGAAUGUGUAAUUUCCAGCGGAUGAAGUUUGAGAUUUUGAGUUUGUAGCUACAUUCAGGUGGUUGCUUUGUGA